CAGUGGGAGGGCACCUGGCGAGAGUUCCUGACCCUGCCGAAUAUCCUGAAGGAGUUCAACCCGAACCUGACGGGGUACGCGGUGCAGACGCGCUCAGCGCACAGAAGGCGUCCGUUUCAACGUGGCGGAGGGCGGCGCAUUCAGCAGCGACCUGCCCCUGCAGGCGCGCAACCUCGUCAAGCGCAUGCGCGCCGACGCCGGGCGUCGACCUGCAGAACGACUGGAAGAUGGUGACGCUGAUGAUCGGCUCCAACGAUUUCUGCGGCUUCGUGUGCCUGGAGGAGGACAUGAACGCCACCGUGCGUCGCCACGGCGAGGACCUGGAGCGGGCGCUCGACCACCUGCAGGCCUCGCUGCCGCGCACCAUCGUCAACCUCAUCGUCACGCCAAAUCUGGAAUCGUUGAUGAACGUCACUCACUUGUGGCCUCAAUGCUACGUCACACAUCGCGUGGAAUGUUGGUGCUUAUUCGGCAGCAAGUACAAGGCGAGACGUCGUGAGGUAGUGAAGAUAAUGCGUUUGUGGCAGCUGGAAGAGCGGCGUGUGGCAACAAGUGAGCGGUAUCGCCAGAAGGAGGAUUUUGUUGUCAAUUUGCAGCCCAUGGUGGAAUUUGUAGUGAUUCCUAAAAAGGGAAAUCGAAGUGAUUUAAAUUUUCUAUCAGAAGACUGCUUUCACCUUAGCCAGAAAGGAAUCGCAAUGGGAGCGAACGGCCUCUGGAUGAACUUGUUGGAGUCUGACGACGAGAAGUCGACCACCUUCCCCGACCCAGCGUUCUCCCGCUUUCUGUGCCCCACAGAGGAGCGCCCCUUCAUCUCCACGUGGGGUAACGACGGGGGCCGCGGCCCCUCGUAAGCGAAGGGAAGGACGGCCAGAGCGAUAUGGGAUCGCCGCAGCACACAAACCUAAUUUGAGGUGCAAAGGAGAGUUCGAAACUUUAAAAAAAGGCAAAAGGAAACUCUCUGAUAGUACUGAAAUAAUGGUGUCUUUAGAAGCCUAGAGUCAAACCCAGGGCUUCUCAAAAGGGUCGGCAUCGACCCCCUAGGAGACACUGAAAUUUUAAAGGAAUCAGUCAUUGAUGAGUAAGAUGUCGCCUGAAGGGCGAUACCCGGAUACGCGCCGACACGACUGAGUAAUAAAAUUAAGAUCAAGACCCCACUUAUAUAAAAAAGUUGGUUGCUUUCUGAUAUAAAACUCCAAAACAUCUAAAAGACAUUGCAAAUUUGGUUCUGAUUUUGAGUUUCACAUCAUUCACACUAAUGAAAAUUGAACUUUUGUCCAAUCUUAAUGUGAAAUUGUUUUUGAAAAGUUGUUUGUACUCUAAAAAUGACAAUAGUACAAAAAUAACAAAAUAAAUCUAAUAAACAAUUUUU